GCAAUUGCUCUAUAUCUGUCAUAAUGAUGGGAUACAUAGAUAGUUGUUCCGAUAGUUCUGCUAUCUCUAGUACUAUAUUUAUUGCACCAGGAGUAAAGCUACCUAUAGAGGGACCUACUAUUAUACUAAUAGUCUCUUUUGGUUGCUUGGUUCAAGUAGGCACACCAAGCAACUCAUCUACAACCGGGCAAUCUUCUGACCCAAUUUUUAUAUUGGAUAAUAAAUUGUGUCAUGACAAUUUCACAUAUAAUAUCAAUACCACUAUUGUCCAAUUUUCUAAAUUAAAAUAA